AUGGAGAUUGAGUCAGCUGCUCAAGGGAAGUUGGGAGUUUUUGGCAGGUGCAAGGCCUUGCCAGGGAAGGCCAAGGACAAGAUUUUCGACGUUGGAAAGAGCGUAAAAAAGCUCGGAAAAGACGACCCCAGGAGAGUUAUUCACUCACUAAAAGUGGGGCUAGCUCUAACAUUGGUUUCUUUGUUGUACUUUUGGAGACCUCUUUAUGAUGGCUUUGGAAUGUCAGGAAUGUGGGCUGUACUAACUGUGGUGGUAGUCUUUGAAUUCAGUGUAGGUGCAACCCUUGGAAAAGGUCUAAAUAGAGGUUUUGCAACAUUACUGGCUGGUGCUCUAGGCGUCGGAGCUUUGCAUUUAUCGAGUCUUUUCGGAAAGGAAGGAGAGCCCGUUGUCCUUGGAAUCCUUGUCUUCCUACUAGCUGCAGCAGCUACAUUCACAAGAUUCUUCCCCAAGAUCAAGGCAAGAUAUGACUAUGGAGUCUUGAUAUUCAUAUUGACAUUCAGUAUGAUUUCGGUCUCUGGAUAUCGAGUCGAAGAGCUCCUAGAGAUGGCCCAUCAAAGGCUCUCCACAAUCUUAAUAGGUGGAACAACUUGCAUAUUUGUGUCCAUGUUUGUUUGUCCAGUUUGGGCUGGUCAAGAUCUUCACAACUUGAUUGCUUCCAAUAUAGAAAAACUUGCAAACUACCUAGAAGGUUUUGGAUGUGAAUAUUUUCAAGCUUCUGAGGAUAAAGACUGCAUUGAGGCCUUGAAAAACGACAAGUCGUUUCUAAAUGGCUAUAAAAGUGUCCUCAACACAAAAGGCACAGAAGAAUCUCUGGCAAAUUUUGCAAAGUGGGAACCAGGACAUGGUCGUUUUCUCUUUCGCCACCCAUGGAAGCAAUACUUGAAGAUUGGAGUCCUUGUUCGCCAAUGUGCUUACCAGAUUGAAGCUCUUAAUAGCCAUUUUACCUCUGAUAUCCAAGCACCAGUAGAAUUUAUAAGAGUGAUUGAAGAGUCAUGCACAAAAAUGAGUUCUGAAUCAGGGAAGGUCUUGAAAUCAUUAGCAUCAUCAAUCAAAGCAAUGAAGCAUCCAGAAUCUGCCAAUGAACACGUCGAAAACUCCAAGGCCGCGGUUAAGGACCUCAAAACCGCGCUUGAGGCCGCGGGAAUGGGGGAUUCUGACCUCCUGGCAAUCAUAUCAGCCGCAACAGUUGCUUCAAUAUUGGUUGAGAUUGUGGACUGCGUAGAGAAAAUAUCAGAAGCAGUUCACGAGCUUUCACAAAUGGCUCGUUUCAAGAAAGUUGAGAACACUGUCUCCCCGGAGACUAAACCGAAGCAGAUGUUGCUUCACCGGGGAAGCGUGAAGCCGGUUUUGGAUGGUGAUCAAAGACCUGAUCAUGUUACAAUCACAGUACUUGACACAGCUAGUAUUGAUUCCUUAGAAAAUGUUAAUGUGAAGCCUCAAGGGCCAAAGAAGCCAAUAGAGGAAGUGUAA